GUGAGCCUCGUGCCUCCACGACUUAUUCAGUGGCGGGAGCGGGAGCCGCGACUUAUUAUAUAGACGGGCUAGCACACAUGACUCCUAACAGUCGACACGCGGCAGUCGGACGAGACGUCCAAAUACACAAAUAUAUAAAAAUAAAUAAGUAAUUUAUAUAAAUUUGUUGUUAUUUUUUAAAUUCAUUAACCGGGUCACUGUGUAAUUUUUUUAAAAAAUUUUAAUUUGUAAUUUCCGCGUGUACAUGAGCGUGCGCAUGUGGCGCGAAUUUUUUUAAACGUGAUCAGUUAUAUGUUAUUUUAAAAAAUUUAAUUUUAUUUUAUUUAAUGGUGACGCUCUGAAAUUACUGGAUACUGGGUGUGCAAAUGAUUAAAAUUUAAGUGAUUAUAUUUUAUAAAGAAGAGGAACAAGAGUUUAUAAAUACAUAAAUCCAUAUAUCUGAAGAUAUUUAAUAACUUUGAAUUUUAUAUGGACAAGCAGAUAAUCCAAGGCUGGAGGGGCGGGAUUCCCGUGGAGAAAGCCGCUGAUGACGGAGGAAGGACUCACUUUAAUUGGAUCUUGAACGUGAAUUAAAGUGUCAAUAGAUCUGAUAAAAUAAUUUUUAAUGAAUUGUAAAAUAUAUUUUUUUUUAAAUUUAUUAUUAUAAAAAAAAAAAAAAUAAUAACAGGCGAUUAUUGUAAAUAAUCGCCUUGCGCUCGUGGUUACUGGCUAUGGGCGAGCAUCCAAUAAUCUUGUCAGGUAAUCGAGACACGGACGACGAAGACAUUGAAGAUAAAAAGAAAAAAAAUAGUAGCAGCAACAACAAGAUAAUAAGUAAGAGUAGUAAUAGUAAUAAACGUGAGUGCUGGAGUAGCUGUGAGAAGUUGGUACCUAGACGAGAUUCCCCUGCAGAAAGAUCAUCAACGCGACGACAUCCGUCACUUGUCCUGUCAUUGUCACUCGGGUACGGGAAUAAACGUGCGAGGGUCUCAAUCUCAAGCCUCCUGGCUGGUUUUCUUCUCGUUAGUCUACUCGUGUUGAGUCACUUCAGGGCAACUUUGGCGGUACCCACGAGAAUGGAACAGCAACAGCAACAAGACCGACAUCAGAACCACCAUCAUCACCAAUAUCAUCAUCAAGCUGAGAGUCUCGAGGCUCACGAGUCAACUGACGAGGGGACCAGAGACAAUACUGAAUUUCGUGAUGAUGACGAUGAUGAGCUUGAGACCUUAAGGAGAAGCAUCGUGGAGGGUCUCGGUCUCAAGAGGAUACCCGAUCCUUCAAAGGCGAACGUGAGUCAGACAGAGUAUGAAAGAGCCCAUGGAGAGUACCUGAGUAGACUGCAAAUGUCGAGAGCACCUGGUGACAGGAGACGAAAGAGACUUCACACAUUUCAUGCCACAGAAGUGCCGAGUCGAGUGAAAAGACAAGCAGUGGACCAUCAUCUAUUUUUUCCAGUGGAAAUGCCUGUUGACACUAUGGUAGAUCACGCGAAUUUGAGGCUUUUAUUGGCCACGGAUUUUGAAGAAAAUCCAGUGGAUGUAUCAAUUUAUCGACUGACUAAUUCAUCGAGACAUUUGGUGAGGCGGGAAAGAAUCAAAAGACUUUCGGGAGCCAGGUGGAUUGAAUUAGAUACUACUGAGACUGCAACUUACUGGCACGAAGGUCUAGAUGACAAUCUGGGUCUUGAGUUACGUUUGGAAAACCCACGUGGUGGCAAUGUCCUGUUUUCUGAUCCAGUCUUCAACGUCUUCACAACAUCCGGCCGCGGUUAUUCACGAAGACGGAGAUCAGCUCCCGAGCAACUGAUGUCGCUCCACAAAGGCCGCAGAACAGAGUGUCGGGGUGAUAAUAAAAAAUGCUGUCGACACGAAAUGACUGUCAUAUUCAAAGACAUUAAAGGCUUUGAGUUUAUUGUGCAGCCGAAAAAUUUCGACGCGGGUUACUGCAAAGGCCGGUGUCCGCCUCGAUACAAUCCAGCGCAUCACCACGCGCUGUUGCAGAGUUUAAUCUGGAAAGAAGACAAACGUAAAGCCCCGAGACCUUGUUGUGCUCCAAGCAAACUUGCCGAACUUGAAAUUUUAUAUUUCGACGAAAACGAUCCGACGAAAUUGAAAGUUUCCAGCUGGAAAAAUAUGAGGGUUCUCGAGUGCGCGUGUUCCUAAGAGACUUUUAAAAGUCUCUGUUCAUUACGAAGAAAAAAAAAUGUUCAUUAUUAAAAGCAAUUAAUAACAUAAUUAACUCAUGACAAUUUACAUAAUCAUUCAUUUUUGCAGACAGAUAUCUAAGAAAAAAUAGUUAUGAUAUAAUGUCUAAAGUCAAUGUUUUGUCGUCUAAACAUAACAACAAUCGAUAUAUAUAUAUUGCGAUAAUGAAAUAAUUUUUUUUUUUUCGUAUUUAUUUCACCAAAGAUUUCGCACAGGAAGUCUGACCUUCUUAAACUUAUUCUCGUUCUUCUAAACUUUAUUUUCUGCCUCUCGUGACUGUGAUAUUAAGAGUACGAAAAAAAAAUCUUCCUGUUCCAAUAUAACUCGGUAAUUUUUAAAAUAAAAUAUCUAUCUAGUUAAUUAUAUAUUAUAUUAUUUUAUAUUUUUUAAUUAUGUCACACUACUUAUCAGUAGCUCUAUGUUAUUAUUAAUCGUGACUAUUGUAUUGAUUGUUGUAUAGAUAUGAAUUAAUAGCUCGUAGGAUUUAUAUAAAUAGCAUUAAUAAUCAUAUAUAAUAAGUAUGAAUAAUUGCGUGCGACGAGUUAUGGUGCAAUGCUCGAUCUAACAAUUAUAUUAGACGUCACAGUGUGUUCCUUAUUAAUUAAUUAUAUAUAUAAUUAUUAUUAUUAUUAUUAUUAAAUCAAUUGUAAUGUAGUAUAAUUAUUUUUAAUUAUUAUCCUUACGCACGCUAAUUUACGAAUUAUUUUUUUUUAUGUAGCCGGAUGUAUAUGUAUAUUUCCCACAAUUUAUAUAUAUAACAUUAUGUACAUAGAUAUUUAUUAAUGUAUGUUUAUUGUAGCACUUAAGGCCUUUUUACUGAUAAAUUUUUUAAAAAUUACAUUAUUAAUAUUAUUUUUAAUUUUUUAAUGCUAUUUAUAUAUCAAUGAAUGUAUGAAUGUAUAUACAUACAUAUGUGUAAUGUUACUAGCUGUGUAUAAUUAAAUUAAUUACAAAAAAUGUAUAAAUAAAAUAUUUAAAAAAUUGCGAAUCUCAAUGGGGACUGAGCUGGACUGAAUAUUCGAUCUCGCUCUCGCUUUUCUUCCUCGAAUUUUUAUAAAUAUAUAUAUAUGUUUUUUUUUUAAUUCACUCAUUCACGUGAGGCCAUUUUUAGUAUAUUUUAUUUAAUGUCUAUAAUAGUAGACUGAUUGUAUGCCUCAUUGAUAAGAAGUAGAGAAAAUUUAUGAAUAAACGAACGAUUAGAAUUUGAUAUAAAUUUUUAGUUGUUUCUUACCUGGACUCAGUACUCAGUAUUUUGAUUAUUUAUUAUUAGUAUGAGGGAAAGUUUAAAUUAUUUUUGAAAACAAGUCGGUCAAGAAAUUUUACUCGAGUACGAAGAGAUUGUGGCAGAUGACUCUGGUGGUCGGAAUUGCGCGGAUAAAAAAAGUGUACGGAAAAUAAAAAUUACUGUGCACACGAUAAGAUGGGCAUUAAUUAUGACUGUCAAUGUAGUGGCCUACAUUUGUUAUUGCAAUUG